UAACGCCACCAGUGUAAUCUUGCGAGCACGGCCUGAAAAACCCGUUAUGCAUAACAAUGAAUAGUUUGUUCUUUCAGAGGGAUCUCAAAACGAUUUUCUUACUGCCGAGGUGACGUCAUCGCGAUCGCUGCAAAAACCUCAUCAAGUGUGUGUAGUAUGACAAAUCAUUACCAGCAAGACGGCGGUGUCAUGGCAGUCGUGAUACCCAUAGUUAAUAGUAUAGAUGAUUGGUAAUACUAUACUUCAAAACUAAACCAUCCACACCCCUACUAUCUCGCCAUCAACCUACACCGUCAAACUCUAACCAGCACAACCACCAACGAAGAUGCUCGCCCUAACCAGCACAACCGGGAAACUCGGUUCAGCAGUCCUCCGAGCAAUACUAGACAACCAACUCAUAGACCCCAAAGAGCUCGUCAUCUGCACUUCCUCAAGUCCCAAAGAAGGCUCCACGCCAUCCCAAACCCACAGCAUCACCACCCGUCACGCAACAUUCGACCAGCCUUCCUCCCUCGUACAAGCAUACACAGGAUGCACCGCGCUCUUCCUCGUCUCCACGCCCCAUAUAGCCAUGGACUACAACAACGCGCCCUUAUGGCAAGGCAGGGAAGCACAUCACCGCGCCGCCAUCGAUGCCGCUAUCCAAGCCGGCGUAGAACACAUCUACUACACGUCGCUCGCGUUUGCGAAUCCGAGUAAAGCCGGGGUGAUGCGGGCGCACAUACGAACUGAGCGGUAUCUGAAGGAUUUGGAGCGCGAGGGCAAGGUUAAAUUCACUAUACUAAGGGAGGGGUUGUACAACGAGAGUUGGCCAUUGUAUUUUGGGUACUACUUCGGUUUGAAGGAGGAUAAGAGGAGUGAAGUGGCGGUUGCGGGUGAUGGGUCGGUGGCCUGGACAGCGAUUGCGGAUAUGGCGUUUGCGACGGCGAAGAUCCUGGCUGCGCCGAGUGAGGAGUGGGCGGGCAAGAUGGUCUAUCUGAGUCAGAAGAAGACGUGCACGCUGGAAGAUAUCGCGGGGAUUGUGAGCAAGGUCAGGGGUGAAGAUGUUAAGCUCAAGGUUGUGGGGAAGAAGGAGUAUGAGGACUUUUAUGUCGAGGAGAAGGGCAUGGAGAGGCCGUCUGUGGAGUGGUGGAGUAGCACGUAUGAUGCUUUGCGAGACGGGGAGUGCGCGAUUGAUGACCCGACGUUGGAGACGAUGCUAGCUCAAGCUGGGCGGUCGCCGAAAACGAUCGAGGACACGAUCAAGGAGAUGUUGAGGUGAAAGUCUGUAGGUUGGUUAAACAAGAUAAAUGGCGACAUACGGUACACACUGGGUUUUCAUCAGCUUUCUAGGUAGUUUAUCCUUCAAUCUAAUAACCUCGACACUGCAGAGCCAUGUCAGAAU